AUGCCUUCAAAUUACCGCGUCGUGGAGCCUCACCCUUCGGUGCCUACCUCCAACCGUCCAGCAGUCUUCACCGGCAUUGGUGGAGCAGGUAACAUCAUCUCUCUGAAGAGCAUGAAGGUCACAGACUCCCGAAGUGCCACUGGUCCAGCCUCUUUGACCCGUCUUGACUCUCGUGUUCCAGCUGCCUUCACCUCAGGUCGUGGUGGAAUUGGCAAUGCCCACACAAGCUCAGAGAGAGCCAUUUUCAGCUUUGAUGAGGAACUCCAGCGUGAUCUCCGUCGUGCUGGCCCAGUCUACCACGUUGGCCGUGGCGGUGCUGGCAAUAUGGUCCACUCUUCGCGAAACGAUUCUUCCAGCAUCUACGGUCUCAGCCGCAAGCACUCUUCCAGCAGCACAGCCUCAAAUAGCAGCACCAACUCUGUUGCUGAACGGGCUCGUGACCUCGCUCGUCGCGGUCUAGACAAGUUCAAGAUCACUGCUUAA